UCUUCCCACAACUCAAAAACUCAGUUAUUCUUCCUCUUUUUCUCUUUGUUUCAUCUUCUCAAAUUUGAACAUUUUCAAACUCCUAGUGUAGAAUCAUGGGUGUUGUCACUUAUGAAAUGGAGGUUGCUACCUCAGUCCCCCCAGCCAAGAUGUUCAAGGCCUUUGUUCUUGACGGUGACAACCUUUUCCCCAAGGUUGUGCCACAUGCAAUCAAGAGCUCUGAGCUUGUUAACGGAGAUGGUGGGCCCGGAAGUAUCAAGAAGAUUACUUUUGGUGAAGGCAGCCAAUUCAAGUAUGUGAAACAAAAGGUUGAAGGAAUAGACAAGGAGAACUUCUCAUACAGUUACAGUGUGAUCGAAGGAGAUGCUUUGAUGAACACACUUGAGAAAAUCAGUUAUGAGACCAAGUUUGUGGCAGCACCAGAUGGAGGAUCAAUUUGCAAGAGCACCAGCAAGUAUUAUACCAUUGGUGACAUUGAGAUGAAUGAAGAGCAAAUUAAGGCUGGCAAAGAAAGGGCCUCCGGAAUGUACAAGGCUGUUGAAGCUUACCUCUUGGCAAAUCCUGAUCUCUACAACUAGGUUGCUUUCAUUUCACAGCUCCUGCUUGCUGUUCUUCAUGUCAUCUCACUUUUAAUUGUGUGAUUCUGAUUUUUCUUUAUGCUUUUUGCCGAACUUUCUUUCAAUGGCUAAUAAGAGUGGUGGUCUCUGGCUGUGAUCAUCUGUAUUUUCAGUAUAUAAUUAAGGAGUUUGAGUUGUAUUAUCUUUGAUAUAUGAAAUGAAAAAAAUAUAGUUAUCAAGCUUUUGUUACUUCCAAAAAAUUUG